AUGUGGCAGCUGCUUCUGCUCAGCCUGCUCUGUGGGGGCCCAGCCCUGGCCAGGAAGAUCUCUGUCCAGAGCGAAUGCAUCAAGGGUGCUACGUACUGGUGCAAUAACCUCAUGACAGCCAUCCAAUGUGGUGCAUUGGAACACUGCGUGGAGGCUGGUUGGAACCGCGCCACCAAGGAGGACACCUGUGCAGACUGCAAACAACUUGCCACCAUCCUCAUUCGCAUGGCCAAGGAGUCAAGCUUUAAGACCUCCAUCCAGCAGUACUUGGAGCAGGAGUGCAGGGCUUUGCCCUUGCAGACGCUGGUGCCACGGUGCCAGGAUCUGGUGGACACCUACUAUGCUGACUUCAUCACCAGCCUGGAAGGACAGCUGACCCCCGGCAAGAUCUGUGGCAAGCUAGGCCUCUGCCCGUCUGACCCACUGGGGAGCGAGGACAUCUUGGCCGCGCCGGCACCGGUGAUGGAGCAGCUGCUCCAGGGCCAGGCUCCCACCCUGCCCAGCAGCCAUGCCCAGGCCAGUCCCAGGGAGCAGCUGCCCAUCCCACUGCCCACGUGCUGGCUGUGCAGAACCUUUGUAGGCAAGAUGGAAUCUGCCAUCCCCAAGGCCGCUAUUGGCAAAGCCAUAUCCAAACUGUGCCUCGUGACGCCUGGAGCCAUCGCAGGAAUGUGCCAGUGCCUGAUGGAGAAAUACACAGUGAUCAUUGUGGACAUGAUUAUGGGCAAGCUGGGGCCACAGCUGAUAUGCGGGAUGAUGCUCAUGUGUGCUACUGAGGAGAACUGUGGCCCAGAGAUUCCUCCGGCCCCAUUCCCAGCCCCAACCCCCGGCUGCCAGGCCUGCCUCGCCAUCACCAGCCGAGCGAAGGCGGCUCUCAAGACAAACAGCAGCCGGGCUGAAGUGGAGGCCGCCUUGCUCACCACCUGCAGCAGCAGCUUUCUGGACUGGCAGGAGUGCAAAAGCUUCAUCAACCAGCACCAGCCAAAGUUGUUCACGACCCUCACAAAGCCUUGGAGUGUCCAGACUACGUGCCAGGAACUGGGCGCCUGCAUGGCAGCAGAGAAGCCUUUUCCAGCAGCAGCAGCCGCCUGCGCCCAGGGCCCCACUUACUGGUGCUCCAGCCCAAGUGCAGCUGAGCAGUGCAAGGCUGUACACCACUGCCAGGCCCACGGAUGGCUGUAGCCAAACCAUGAGGGUCCUGCCGAAGGGUCAC